CGGGCCCCGCCCCCCGCCGAGUGCAUGAGGCUGACGCUACUUUGUUGCACCUGGAGGGAAGAACGUAUGGGAGAGGAAGGAAGCGAGUUGCCCGUGUGUGCGAGCUGCGGCCAGAGGAUCUAUGACGGCCAGUACCUCCAGGCCCUGGAUGCUGACUGGCAUGCAGACUGCUUCAGGUGUUGCGAGUGCGCUGCCUCCCUUUCGCACCAGUACUACGAGAAGGAUGGGCAGCUUUUCUGCAAGAAGGACUACUGGGCCCGCUACGGCGAGUCAUGCCACGGGUGCUCGGAGCACAUCACCAAGGGGCUGGUCAUGGUGGCCGGGGAGCUGAAGUACCACCCGGAGUGCUUCAUCUGCCUCGCGUGCGGGACCUUCAUCGGCGAUGGGGACACCUACACACUGGUGGAGCACUCUAAGCUGUACUGCGGGCACUGCUACUACCAGACCGUGGUGACUCCAGUCAUCGAGCAGAUCCUGCCCGACUCCCCUGGCUCCCACCUACCCCACACAGUCACCCUCGUCUCCAUCCCAGCCUCAAACCAUGGCAAACGUGGCCUCUCAGUCUCCAUCGACCCGCCUCACGGCCUGCCGGGCUGCGGCACAGAGCACUCUCACACCGUCCGUGUCCAAGGAGUGGACCCGGGCUACAUGAGCCCGGAUGUGAAGAACUCCAUCCAUAUCGGUGACCGGAUUCUGGAGAUCAAUGGCACACCGAUCCGGAACGUCCCCCUGGAUGAGAUCGACCUGCUGAUCCAGGAGACCAGCCGCUUGCUCCAGCUGACUCUCGAGCAUGACCCCCACGACACACUAGGCCAUGGGCCAGGGCCUGAGCCCAGCCCUCUGGCUUCCCCGGCUCAGACUCCCAUUGGGGAAGCAGGCAGCACAGCCCGACAGAAGCCCAUCCUCAGGAGCUGCAGCACUGAUAGGUCUCCGGGCGCUGGCUCCCUGGGCUCCCCAGCUGCCCAGCGCAAGGACCUGGGCCGCUCUGAGUCCCUCCGCGUGGUCUGCCGGCCUCAUCGCAUCUUCCGGCCAUCGGACCUGAUCCACGGGGAGGUGCUGGGCAAAGGCUGCUUUGGCCAGGCCAUCAAGGUGACGCACCGGGAGACAGGUGAGGUGAUGGUGAUGAAGGAGCUGAUCCGCUUCGACGAGGAGACCCAGAGGACCUUCCUCAAGGAGGUGAAGGUCAUGCGCUGCCUGGAGCACCCCAACGUGCUCAAGUUCAUCGGGGUGCUCUACAAGGACAAGAGGCUUAACUUCAUCACCGAGUACAUCAAGGGGGGCACGCUGCGGGGCAUCAUCAAGACCAUGGACAGCCAGUACCCCUGGAGCCAGAGGGUGAGCUUUGCCAAGGAUAUCGCUUCAGGAAUGGCCUACCUCCACUCCAUGAACAUCAUCCACCGUGACCUCAAUUCCCACAACUGCCUGGUCCGUGAGAACAAGAAUGUGGUGGUGGCAGACUUCGGCCUGGCACGGCUCAUGGUGGACGAGAAGACGCAGCCUGAGGACCUACGGAGUCUCAAGAAGCCGGACCGCAAGAAGCGUUACACAGUGGUGGGCAACCCUUACUGGAUGGCACCCGAAAUGAUCAAUGGCCGCAGCUACGAUGAGAAGGUGGAUGUGUUUUCCUUUGGAAUCGUCCUAUGUGAGAUCAUCGGGCGGGUGAACGCAGACCCCGACUACCUGCCCCGCACCAUGGACUUCGGCCUCAACGUGCGAGGCUUUCUGGACCGCUACUGUCCCCCCAGCUGCCCCCCGAGCUUCUUCCCCAUCACUGUGCGCUGCUGUGACCUGGACCCUGAGAAGAGGCCGUCCUUCCUGAAGCUGGAGCAGUGGCUGGAGACCCUCCACAUGCACGUGGCCGGCCACCUGCCACUGGGCUCACAGCUGGAGCAGCUGGACAAGGGCUUCUGGGAGACCUACCGGCGUGGCGAGAGCGGACUGCCUGCCCACCCCGAGGUCCCAGACUGA